AUGGUUAAAGAGUAUCGUAUAAAGAAGAUAACUUCAACCGUACGAAAGAGGUUGUUGAAUUAUUAUGAGGUGGGUGUACCCAUGUCUCAAAUUCGCGGUUUUUUACGAACUGAGAAUGAAAACUUGCCUAAUGUCAAGGAUCUCCAACAUGAGGUGUUGGAUGAGGAAGGUCGCCUAAAAGAUGUCAUGUGGGUGGAUGCAAGGAGCCGGGUAGCUGAUGAAGACUUUGGAGAUGUUGUGCUCUCAUUUCUCAAUGAAGAUUGUGAUACCUAUCGUUGGGUCUUUGAACAAUGGGUUUCUUGCAUGGGAAAUAAAGCUCCUGUCGCCAUCCUAACUGAUCAGGCAGCUGCUAUGCGGAAGCCGUUAGCUGAAGACAAUAAAGUGAUACAUGACAGGUACAAUGAGUUCAAGAAUCCAUUGAAGAAUGUAAUUUAUGACAGCUUCACUGUCAAUGAAUUUAUUAGUAGAUGGAAUGAUGCAACGAAGGUGUAUGGCCUCGAGGACAAUGAAUGGCUGCAAGAGCUAUUUAUUGAGAGGCACAUGUAG